AUGCAAUACUCUACACUCGCCCUCGCUGCCUUCACCAGUGUCGCAGCCGCGCUCCCGGCUCCUCAAAUCGAAACCCCAUGCACCAAUGAGCCAUUUGGUGCUGUCGCUAUCCAUUCAGGCUCCGACGCGCAUCUACAGAGCGCCACCGCCUGGAAAGGCAACCUGCUCGUCGGCGGCCAACAAGACGCCACCUGCGAAUCACCUUCAGCCUACGCCACAUUUGUCAUCCAAGACGACACCACAGCCUACCUAUACGCCGACACACUCACCCAGCAGCUGUACGUCGACCGCAGCGGUAUGGGCCAGGGCAAGAGCGGCUACACGAACGAAGGCCAAUCGCUGCCACGCAACGGCGAGGUUAAGGGCUGGAGUAUUAGCGAGGAUGGAUACUUGGUAUUUGAUGGAAUGAGUCCCAAGGCAUGUCCGACUGAGGUUAUUGGUGGGAGCUUCAGUCUUUGGUUCAGCAACGCUGACGAGCCUGGGUUCAACAAGAACUGCACUGGCGUUGCGCUGCGGGCUGUCAAGGCUGAUUCGCCGGUGAGCUGCAUCUACUCUUCUUCCUAG